UAGAGAGCAGAGACGGUAUAUGAUAUUAAAUUCAUUCUCCGUCUAAGAUUAGUCCUCUGUUUCCUCGAGAUUAGUAGAUCGAUACACAGGGAGGGACAGGGGAAAGAAAAUUCCGACAAUCAUUGUCUUAUUCGAUCUGGGAGAGACAGAACAUAAACAGAGAGAUGGCUAUGUCUCAGGUGGUGAACACGUACCCGCUUUCGAACUACAGCUUCGGAACUAAAGAACCGAAGCUCGAAAAGGACACUUCCGUCGCCGACCGUCUCGCUCGUAUGAAAAUCAACUAUAUGAAAGAGGGCAUGAGGACUAGCGUUGAUGCGAUUCUGCUGGUACAAGAACACAACCAUCCUCACAUACUUCUCCUGCAAAUUGGUAACACAUUCUGCAAGCUUCCAGGUGGACGCCUGAAGCCUGGAGAAAACGAAGUUGAAGGCUUGAAAAGAAAGUUGACUAGUAAGCUUGGAGGCAAUUCUGCUGCUCUUGUACCUGACUGGAAGGUAGGAGAAUGUGUUGCGACGUGGUGGCGUCCAAACUUUGAAACCAUGAUGUACCCGUAUUGCCCUCCUCACAUAACCAAGCCCAAGGAAUGCAAGAGACUUUAUAUUGUUCACUUGUCUGAGAAAGAGUACUUUGCAGUGCCCAAAAACUUGAAGCUCUUGGCCGUCCCUUUGUUCGAACUCUACGACAAUGUUCAGAGAUAUGGACCCGUUAUAUCCACCAUCCCUCAACAGCUAUCCAGAUUCCAUUUCAACAUGAUUAGUUCGUGAGCCGACUUGGUGUUCAGGAACAAAGAAAUGUGCCUGAUGGUAAGGCACAGUAGAGAGCUGUCGCUACUUUACAUUAUAGACUUGUUCGGUUCAUUUUCAGCACAAGAAGAUUAUUGAUCUUAAAUUUCUACAAGGAUUCGUCUUCAUUUGACUAACGGCUGUCUUGUCGAAUGAAUGAUACUUUCUAUGUGUGUGCUAUGUAUGAAACAGAACAAACUAGGCCAUCCUAAAACUGAUUUGUUGGAUCAUUUCAUUUUUCCUUCUC